AUCUCCAAGCCAAGCGAGAGCCGUGAAAAUUGUUUCGGAAAAUUGCAAUAAAGCUGUGAAAAGACUUGCAAAAUAAAGUGGGAUCGGCUUAAAAUAUGCAACAAAUUUUGGCGCGUUAAACAACGUAAAAAAUACUCUAUCGAAGACGCAAGGAAAGCGUAAAGCUAUCUGCAAAUUUACCACGCCAACAAAUCUGCAAACAUGGCGCCGACUCCGCUGCCUCUAGAGCAAAUGCCCGGAGUGGGCGGCUACUUGCCUUCUGGCCAAGAAGGUGGAUCACGCAUAAAUACAAUGUCAUUGUCUGUGCUAAUCGACUUCAUCAUACAGAGGACGUAUCACGAGCUCAUGGUUUUGGCUGAGCUGCUGCCGCGUAAGACGGACAUGGAACGGAAAGUGGAAAUCUAUGAUUACGCUGCGCGGACACGACAUUUAUUUACGCGUCUUAAUGCGCUUGUCAAGUGGGGCAAUUCAGUGUCGAAGGUGGACAAGUCAUCGCAAAUAAUGAGUUUUCUGGACAAGCAGAAUAUGCUCUUUGUAGAAUCGGCUGAUAUGUUGGCGCGCAUGUCUCGGGAAACUUUAGUGCGCGCUCGUUUGCCCAAUUUCCACAUUCCUGCCGCUGUGGAGGUGCUAACGACAGGCACCUACAACAGGUUGCCGACGUGCAUUCGCGAGCGUAUUGUACCUCCCGACGCCAUAACGCCGGCUGAGAAAAAACAGACCCUCUUGCGACUCAACCAGGUGAUUCAACAUCGGCUUGUCACUGGAAAGUUGUUGCCGCAAAUGCGGGAGUUUCGAAUCAAGAAUGGACGCGUCACCUUCGAGGUUAAGCACGAAUUCAGCGUGGCGCUGACCGUAAUGGGCGACAGUCCUAUUGUGCCCUGGCGGCUUCUUGACAUUGAUGUGCUCGUUGAAGACAAGGAAACGGGCGAUGGAAAGUCGCUAGUGCAUCCGCUCCAAGUCAACUACAUUCACCAACUGAUUCAAGCACGACUUGUCGAGAAUCCCAAUGCCUUAAGUGAAGUGUAUAAUUGUCUGCACUACUUUUGUCAGUCUCUGCAGCUGGAGGUGCUCUACACACAGACACUGCGUCUGAACUACGAGCGCUUGGACGAUAACAAUAUCACCGUGGAGGAGUAUGUGCCAGGUGUGAAACUAACCGUGUCGUACUGGCGCGAUCUAAAGUCGGAGCUUGGCUACCGCUUAACUGUACAAUCCGAUCCAAGCGAAAUUGGACGGCCCCUGGCAGUGGUGCAUGUGCCUUCCCUAGGAGCAAAGGAAUCGGCUGAAGUGGCCGACCGCGCAGUGCGUUCAGAGCACCUCUCCAUGGAACGUUUGAUUGUGCAUACAGUAUAUAUUCGUUCGGUGUCUCGACUCAGCGAUUUGAAACUGGAGUUUCAAGCCUUUCUUAAGGACGUUGAUUUCAACCUGCAGGGCACACCUGCUAUCCUAACGGUUCCAGUGCUAACACCGUGCCUGCGAGCCGAGCAAAUCCAUAUAACUAUCGACACGCACACGGGCAUGUUCCGCUGUCAUGUGCCCAAGCACUUGGACUGUCCCAUUACAGAUGAGAUGCAGGAUUGCCUGAAUGGUGAUCGAAGCAAGCUACCGAGUCUAUUAUCAGAGCUACGCUAUUGGAUCACGCAUCGUCGCUGCGAGAAAACUCUGCAGCAUCUGCCAGCCACGGCAAUUGAAACAUUGCCCUUUCUUACCCUGCCCGAAUAUGAGUUGCUGAGAACUGGGAGACACAAAAUCUAUGUUAAACUGCAUCGGCAUCCAAACAUUAUUUUGGUCGUGCAACUAAAUGAAAAGCCGACAAUGCCCAACGAAAUGGAGUACACCUUUCAUUUGGGCUUUGUAGUGUUUCAAAAAGAUGAGGCCGAUGUAGUUGACGACUCCGCAAAACAGCUGGUAUCCGUCGUAGCUCAGCCACAGUCGGAGAUUCCUAAGCUUUAUACAAAGCUCAUGCGUCUAAUUGAAUUCGAUACAUUUGUGGCCACUCAUGGGCCUGGAACAGAAGUGGAUGAAAUUUCACCGCAUAAACGAAAAUCUAAUGGCGAUAUUUUGGCGCCACCCACUAAGCAACAAAAGACCAUAUUCCCCGCUUACUUUAUACCCGAAUUGGCCCACGUAGUGGCCAUGUGCGAUGAGAAGAUACCGUUCCUAAAUUUGGCCCAGGCACUAACUAAGCACAAUAUUCCGCACAGCGGUCUUCAGGUGGAGGCCAACGCUACUUCCUUGGUGCUUAAGAUAUUGGCAUUGCCUAAGCCUGGACAAACGCAACAGGCGGCGGGUGAAUCCAAGGGGACUCAUGGCGCGAAUUCGGCGCUGCCCAAGAUUGAGAAGCAUGUAUGGGAGGAUCUAAUGAGACGCGUGCUCUCUAUAUCAGUGCGAUCACAGAUGAAUAAGAAUAGCCAAGUGCGGAUUUGGAUCGUAGAAUUUGUAUUUUAUCGGACGCCAGUGCAGAGCACCCACAACAAAGAACAGGGCAGCCGACGCACUGCAUAUCUAACGUAUGAACAGGCCAAUCAUGAUUUCUCUAAGACGGUGGAAGAUUUGCUCAAUGAUUGGUCUAAAAUUGUCUAUCUCUACACACUGGUUUAUGACUUUGCGGAGCAUCUGCGUAAUAAGCGACUGAGUAUUGGGGACAUGCUUGUUGUGAAAUCUUUUACCUACAUGAAUUUACUGCUCGGUUAUGGUCCAAAAAAGGAGGUUACCUGCAAUAUCUACUGGUCGGUGCAGUCGCAUGGCUUUCGUUUGAUCUUUGUCGGCGGCAUUUCCGCUGUUAACGCGCACUCCAUGAUGCGAGAUCAGCUGGCCCAGCAUCUCAAUCAACAACACAGCCUCACGCAAAUAGUUCAUAUCCUUCAUGAGACAUAUAAUCCGAUGAGCUCGCUGGCCAAAUUGCCGGUGCUGCCACUGUUGGGCAUUCCGCGUCCACAAGUGCCGGUUCUUUCUUUCUGCAUAUUGCCGCAGUCACCCAGUCUUGUACGGCUUACCUACCAGGCUGUCUACUGCUUGGAGGUGCGUUUCCGGGCCAAUCGCCUUGUCUCUAUUCGCGAUGGGGCAAGCAGUCGUUUCGAGCGCAACGUUAUUGAGGAGUUCACCCCAAUUCAGGGACUGAAGGCCUUCCUCUCUAAGUAUGUGGACGAGUCGGCUGUUUAUCGUGGACGCACACAAAACGAGGAUGACAAUCCGUUAUCGCCCAUGGGUAUGGAGGACAAUUUUGGUGGCCCAAGCAGUGUGACGGGUGUCAGUGCAGGCGGCUCUUCCCCGUUUUUGGGUGCUGGAAUGCGAGGACCACAAUCGCCACGAGAUAGUGGAUUGCGCUUUCCAGCUCCACAUACACCGCCUUCCAGCUCCAAUCCGCACACGCCGGCCAGUCCGCAUCCAUCGGCUGGCGGUAAUAGCGGAGCUCAAAGUCAUGCAAACUUUAAUUUGACAUCGCCGCCAGCACCGCACAUGCCGCAUCCGUCGCCCGGUGGACUAAUGCCCUCUUCGCCACUCAAUCCGCAGCCAAGUCCACACAUGGUGCACAGCCCAGGUCCCAACAUGUAUAUGCAAAAUCAUCAGGAUUCUCCAUUUACCGCCAUGUCGCCGGCGAACACAAACUGGCCUGGAUCGCCCAGCAUGCCUCGUCCCUCACCACGACCUGGUCAGAGCCCUGAUCACAAGUCCACAGGUGGUCAGGCAGGAGGUCCGGGUGGCACGGUCCCCACUGCAGGCAGCUCGAUGGCACGUAGCACCCUUAAUCGACCAUGGGCUGGUGCGGUGCCCACGGUGCUAACACAUGAAUACUUGGAGACACUCUGCCGCCCAAGUCCGCAUCCAAACAAGGAUAUUAAUGUGGUAGAUAUGAGCCCACUGGAACGUUUUUUGGGCUGCGUCUAUAUGCGCCGUCAGUUGCAUCGGAAUAUACAGAGUGACGAGACACUGACUGCAUUAAACUCUUCGGAGCCAGGCGUGGUACUCUUUAAGGUCGACGGUCUCCAGUGUCAGGUGAUGCUUAAUCAGAAUCACAUGCAAUCGCUUCAUCUGAAAGUCACACAGCUGCCGCCUAUGCCCGACAAGCAGACUUUCCAGCUGAGCCCGGAGGAUUUGCUGGUCAUUGAGCAAUAUUUUGACACACGUGUUGCAGCGCCACCCUAUCGGCCCAACUCGUUGCACAGCAUUUGUCGGCUGCUCAAUCUGCCGGCGCAGGUGCUCAAAGACUUUGUGCAGAUAAUGCGGCUGGAGAUGAAGCCCGAGUUGGGUGGAGAUCAGCUGAAGUGGACUGUGCAGAUGUGCAUGCGUAUGCCGCCCUCAGCGAUGCCCAUUGUGCCCAUCGGCAAUGCCUCCGUGGUUAUGGGGCGCAUGAAAAUCCUCUUCUUUUUGCAAAUAACCCGCAUACCAUACAACGGUAAGGACUGGAAGGAUAGCCCUUCGCUGGUGCUACCUAUCGUGUACGAUAUCACGACGAACCUAACCCAGAUAGCGGACAGACGCGAAAUGUCGCCAAUGAUAUCCGCAGCUAUGACGCUCUUACGACGCUUUGCCGAUUUCGGAGUGCAACAGAACCAAUGUUCGCUGUUUCCGGCCAUUACGGAUCUUCUGACCAAUCUCCAACUGACGACUGAUCUACCACCGCCGCCCAAUCAGGCCAUUGGACCACCUGUUGGCGUAGGCGUGGGCGUAGGUGUUGGUGUCGGAGUGGUUGGCUCUAGUCCAAAUCCCAUGAUGCCAAUGCAGCAGUUACCGCAGGUGGGCAACGCGCAGGUUGGCCCUGGCGGCUACCCGCAACUUGGACCCAAUCCUGGUGGUCCGCAGUGAUGAAGGCGUAAGCGCCGCGCGUCCUCCCAGCAGCCUUAGGGACAGCGGCCUUCCGGAAUCACAAAAACAAAAAAAAACUUCUCUUCAUGGAUACGAAACUUCGGACUUCCCAUUUUUUCCUUCCCUCGUAUGCUUUGUUCAUGAAUGCAGCAUUAUUCAUUUAUUUAUUAUAUAACAAAUUCAACGCAGCGUUAUAACAUUUUCAUGUAUUUUAGAUGUGUAAAAACUAUGUAUUAAGUAAUUGUAAAGUUAAUGAAAUCGAGAGUCACAUAAACACACAUCCGUUGUUCAGCUCUGCGUGUCCCUAUAUAUCAUUCAAAUUCAAAGUAACUUGGCCGUUCGGUUACCAAAAAACUUUGUUGCAAAAUUAGGAUAACUUGUUGCUCCUUGUCAGUCCUUAACUGGCGAUCCCAAAUCCUAAUCAGACAACUUUAAGCACAAGAAGACAAACGAAAAAAUUUUUUUAUAUUUGGAUUAUUGUUUAUUUGCUGCUGAUUUUUGUUGGCUUGUUUUGGAGCGUAAAUUUGAGCAUAAAGUUGCUCGACCUUUGUUGUGAGCUGGUCGAGCUGUCUUAGAGGGACUAAGCCUGUCCUUUAUAAAAAUGUGUAUAUCAUAAGAAUUGUAUUUAUAAGAAUCAUUCAAUGUAUAGUAUACAAAAUUAACGAUAAGGUUACAAUGUACAAAGGUGUUUUAUAUAUGUAUGUAUGAUACGAAAUAAAAUAUGCAAUAGUUAACUGUA